AUGGGCUCUAGUGUAGAGGAGAGACCCAAAUGGGACAACAAGAUCCAGUAUCUGCUGACCUGCAUUGGCUUUGCAGUGGGGAUUGGAAAUGUUUGGCGAUUUCCCUAUCUUUGCCAAAUCUAUGGAGGAGGUGCGUUCCUCAUCCCCUACCUGAUAGCGCUGGUAUUUGAGGGCCUCCCCCUGCUCUACUUGGAGAUGGCCAUAGGGCAGAGGCUCCGCCUGGGCAGCAUCGGUGCCUGGAACUCAAUAUCACCAUUUCUGGGUGGAGUUGGCAUUGCUUCCAUGAUUGUGUCACUACUCAUUUGCCUUUUCUACAACACUAUCAUGGCCUGGAUCCUUUGGUACUUCUUCCAUUCUUUCCAAAACCCUCUGCCAUGGACCCAAUGUCCACUCAAUGAAAAUCGAACAGGUUAUAAUGCAGAGUGUGAGAAAAGCACUCCAGUGAAUUACUUCUGGUACCGUGAGACCCUGAACAUCACACGGAGCAUUGAUGACAGUGGGUCCCUGCAGUGGGGGCUGGUCAUCUGCCUGGCCAGUGCCUGGUGUGUGCUUUACAUCUGUUUUAUCAAAGGCAUUGAAUCCAUUGGAAAGGCCGUGUAUGUGACCACCACGUUUCCCUACCUGGUUCUGACCAUCUUCCUGGUCCGUGGCCUCACUCUUCCUGGAGCUACCGAUGGACUUGUGUACCUCUUCACUCCUGAUUGGGAUAUACUGAUGAAUCCACAGGUGUGGCUGGAUGCUGCUACCCAGAUCUUCUUCUCUCUAUCUGUGGCCUUUGGAGGUCUCAUAGCUUUUGCCAGCUAUAAUGAUGAGAAAAACAAUUGUGAGAGGGAUGCUGUUCUGGUAGGAAUCAUUAACAGUGCCACAUCUCUUUACGCCUCCAUUCCCAUCUUCUCCAUCCUAGGAUUCAAAGCUAACAAUGCCUACAAUGCCUGUCUACAAGGAAACAUCCUAGAUCUGACCAACGAGUUUGACAUUUCUGAUCAGAACAUAACCACAGAGAAUUAUGACGACUGGCUUGCAUAUCUAAAUAGGACAUUUCCAGAUAAACUUGCCCGUGUGGUUCUGACACCCUGUGAUCUGGAAAAAUUCCUUGACCAGAGUGCAUCAGGUACCGGUUUGGCUUUUAUUGCAUUCACUGAAGCGGUAAUAUCGAUGCCAGGCUCACAGGUAUGGGCCAUCCUGUUCUUCAUCAUGCUCUUCAGCUUGGGUCUCUCCUCCAUGUUUGGCAACUUGGAGGGUGUCCUGACACCCAUUAGGGACCUCAAACUAGUGCCGAAAUGGAUCCCAAGUUCAGUUUUUACAGGAAUCGCCUGCUUGAUGUGCUUCUUGAUAGCCCUCAUCUUUACCCAGGGUUCAGGGAAUUACUGGGUGGAGGUUUUCAACAGCUACGUGGGCUCUGUACCUCUACUCAUCAUUGCAGUCUUUGAAGUGAUAGGAGUCAUUUAUAUCCGUGGAAUGAAAACGUUCAGUGAUGACAUCCUCUUCAUGAAUGGAAGGAGGCCAAACAUCUACUGGAAGAUAUGCUGGUGGUUCAUCAGUCCUGUGAUGCUGGUGGUAGUGUUUAUCGCAUAUGUUGUAAUCCAGAUACAGAAACACCCUGUCUAUCCGGCAUGGAACCCCGACUAUGAAGAAUUUCCUGAUACUGAAACAGUGCCAUAUCCAAACUGGGUUUUCGCCAUUAUCAUCCUCCUCUCUUCAGUGCCUGUGAUUCCCAUCCCACUUGUAGCUAUCUAUAGACUGAUCCGCCGUGAAAUGAGACGAUCCUCUACAAGUGGUGACCUGACUCCCCACUGCAACGAUGGACUUGAGGUUGAAAAUUUCCAACAAAUGAGCCAGAGUACCUAG